AUGGAGAAAUUUCUGUGGAAAUUCACCAAUGUUAGCAAUGACGGGAGCCCACAUGCCAAGAACAUUGCAGGAGGAAAGUGGACCCAGGCUGCUGAUGAAACAGCGGCUUUUCUGCAUGGAGGGAGUUGGCUAAGUCGCAACCUGCGGACAUGGUCAAAAGCAUAUAUCAAGGACCGUGCCAAGCUGCCAACGCACCAGUAUGGCAACCAUCAUUCCCGCAUUGAUGACGAAGUCUUGGCUACAGAUAUCAAGCUUCAUUUGCAGUGUGUCGGAAAGUAUGUCAGCACUCAAGAGAUUGUCAAUUACCUCAGCGAUACGGAGGUACAGAGCCGCCAUAGACUGUCAAAAACCAUCUCACUGGUGACAGCUCAGCGCUGGAUGCUUAAACUUGGCUAUCGUUGGAAAGAAGAAGAGAAAGGUCAAUAUGUAGAUGGUCAUGAACGUGAGGAUGUCGUCACAUACCGUCAGAAGGUCUUUUUGCCUUUGUGGGACAGCUUCCAAUAUCGCCUUCGAAACUGGAAGGAGGACGAUGUAAUGGUGGAAGAGGAUUUGGAUGAGCUCCCAAGGCACCGUCGAGUGGUCGUUUGGUUUCACGACGAGUCCACAUUUUAUGCACAUGACCGUCGUGAUGUGUGGUGGGUUCAUUCAACCGAAGCAGCAGUUCCGAAACCGAAGGGUGAGGGAGCAUCCCUCAUGGUUGCUCAUUUCGUCUCAGCCGACUAUGGAUGGCUGCAGUCUAAAGAUGGAGCAGAGACAGCUCGUAUUCUUUUCAAAGCAGGCAAGGGGCGGGAUGGGUUUUUCACAACGGACAAUAUUAUUGCACAUGCAAAGCUAGCAAUGGAUAUUUUAGACAAACACUUCCCUCACGAUGAUCACAUUCUUGUAUUCGACAACGCAACAACUCAUGUGAAACGUGCUGAUGACGCACCUGCUGCUCGCAACAUGCCAAAGAACCCAUCCAAAACAUGGGGUCCCAUGGUUACCACCAAAGAUAUGCGUGGCAAUGUCAUGCAUGAUGCCAAUGGAAAGCCCCUAAAAACAAAAAUCCAGUUGGCUGAUACAAAUCUCGCUGAUGGUACACUGCAGUCUUUUUACUUUAUGGAGGGCCAUGAGAAGGCAGGCUGGUUCAAAGGCACAGCUCAGAUUCUCCGUAAAUGA